GGCGUCUCCCGGAUGGACGCAGCGUGCGGGCGCCGAGACGCGCGAGUGCAGCAUGUCCGCCUUCUUGCUGGCUCUUCGGGGCGAAAACCGAGCCGAGGCGCCGCGGGCGCGCGUGCAGGAGCAGGACUUGCGGCAGUGGGGCCUGACAGGGAUCCGUCUCCGCCCUUAUCAGCUGGAGGGAGUCAACUGGCUAGCCCAGCGUUUCCAUUGUCAGAAUGGCUGCAUCCUGGGAGAUGAGAUGGGCCUGGGUAAGACCUGUCAGACUAUCGCUCUCUUCCUUUACUUGACAGGAAGACUCAAUGAUGAAGGACCAUUUCUGAUUCUUUGUCCCUUGUCUGUUUUGAGCAACUGGAAAGAAGAGAUGGAGAGAUUGGCUCCAGGGCUUUCCUGUGUAGCAUACGCGGGUGACAAGGAGGAGCGGGCCCGGCUGCAGCAGGACCUGAAACAGGAGUCACGCUUCCACGUGCUGCUGACUACCUACGAGAUUUGCCUGAAAGACGCAUCAUUCCUGAAGUCCUUCGCGUGGAGCCUGCUCGUCGUGGACGAAGCUCACCGGCUGAAGAACCAGAGCUCCCUGCUGCAUCGGACGCUCUCGGAGUUCUCAGCCGUCUUCAGCCUGCUGCUGACCGGAACUCCCAUCCAGAACAGCCUCCAGGAACUCUACUCUCUCCUCGGUUUUGCGGAGCCGGAGCUCUUUCCCAGGGAGCAGGUGGAAGAUUUCGUUCAGCGGUACCAGGACAUAGAGAAGGAAUCGGAGUCAGCAAGUGAACUAUACACACUCUUGCAGCCGUUUCUGCUGAGGCGAGUGAAAGCGGAGGUGGCUGCAGAGCUUCCCAGGAAGACGGAAGUGGUGCUGUACCACGGCAUGUCGGCGCUGCAGAGGAGGUGCUACAGGGCCAUUCUGAUGAAGGACCUAGACGCGUUUGAAAAUGAGACGGCAAAGAAAGUUAAACUUCAGAACGUCUUGUCCCAGCUUCGAAAGUGCGUGGGUCACCCGUACCUGUUUGAUGGUGUAGAACCAGAGCCUUUUGAAAUUGGAGACCACCUGAUCGAGGCCAGCGGGAAGCUUCACCUCCUGGAUAAGCUGCUGGCGUUCCUGUAUUCUAAGGGCCAUCGAGUUUUACUUUUCUCCCAGAUGACCCAGAUGUUGGAUAUUCUCCAGGACUACAUGGAUUAUAGAGGCUACAGCUACGAGCGUGUGGACGGUUCUGUGAGAGGAGAAGAGAGACACCUGGCCAUUAAGAACUUUGGACAGCAGCCCAUUUUUAUUUUUCUCCUGAGUACCAGGGCAGGUGGCGUCGGCAUGAACUUGACGGCAGCAGAUACUGUUAUUUUUGUUGACAGUGAUUUCAAUCCUCAGAAUGACCUGCAAGCAGCCGCCAGGGCUCACCGAAUCGGCCAGAACAAGUCUGUGAAGGUUAUUCGGCUGGUUGGCCGAGACACUGUGGAAGAAAUAGUCUGCAGGAAGGCCGCCUCCAAGCUGCAGCUCACCAGCGCGGUCAUGGAAGGGGGCCGCUUCACCCUGGGAGCCCCGAGACCCUCUGCGGAUGCUGACCUCCGGCUGAGUGAGAUCCUCAAAUUCGGUUUGGAUAAACUGCUGUCUUCUGAGGGGAGUACCAUGGAUGAAAUAGACCUGGAGCCUAUCCUGGGAGAAACAAAAGACGGCCAGUGGCUCUCCGAUGCCUUGCCGACAGAGGAGGAAGGAAGCAGAGACCAGGAGGAAGAAAAAAACCACAUGUACUUAUUUGAAGGUAAAGAUUAUUCUAAGGAGCCUAGUAAAGAAGACAGAAAAUCGUUUGAACAACUGGUGAAUCUUCAGAAAACCCUUUUGGAGAAAACCAGGCAAGAGGGCCGGUUACUCCGAAAUAAAGGCCGUGUUCUCCUCCCAGGCCUCAGCGAGGAGUCUACCGCACGUAAGCGGGUUCUGAGCCCUGAAGAGCUGGAGGACAGAAGGAAGAAAAGACAAGAAGCAGCAGCCAAGAGAAAGAGACUAACAGAGGAGAAGAGGAGGGAAAAGGAGGAAGCAGAACGUAAGAAAAGGAUGGCCUGGUGGCAGUCCAACAAUUACCAGUCCUUCUGCCUGCCUCCUGGGGACAGCGAACCAGAGGACCUCGAGGAAGAGGAAGAUGAGAACUCUGCCCGGCUGGAUUAUGAAGACCCAGACUCGACCUCCAUCAAGUAUGUUAGCGGUGACGUCACCCACCCGCAGGCCGGGGCGGAGGAUGCGGUCAUCGUGCACUGCGUAGAUGACUCUGGCCGCUGGGGCCGAGGGGGUUUGUUCACAGCUCUGGAAACAAGGUCUGCCGAGCCAAGAAGAAUAUAUGAGCUGGCCGGGAGGAUGAAAGACUUGAGUUUGGGAAGUGUCCUUUUAUUUCCUAUUGAUGACAAAGAGUCAAGAAGCAAAGGGCAAGAUCUGUUGGCCUUGAUUGUGGCCCAGCACCGCGACCGCGCCAAUGUGCUGUCUGGCAUUAAGAUGGCAGCCCUGGAAGAGGGCCUGAAGAAGAUAUUCUUCGCAGCAAAGAAAAAGAAAGCAAGUGUCCAUCUUCCACGCAUCGGACACUCCACGAGAGACUUUAACUGGUACGGUACUGAGCGACUUAUUCGGAAACACUUGGCCGCAAGAGGCAUCCCAACUUACAUAUACUACUUUCCUAGAAGCAGGGCUGCCAGCCUUCAUUCACAGCCCUCGUCUUCAUCCUCACGACAGCUGGUGCCUUAACCGCUGGCCCAGCGUCAGGGCCAGCCCUCAGCAGCCAGCCGAGCCGUCUGCUCAGAGCUCCUGUAACAGCAGUUCACAUUGGGAUCAGGGCCCGGUGGCCUCUGAGAUACUGUUUUCUGGAAGUUCUAACGUUGCUCUCUUUCGGUGUUGCUGCUUCGGUGCCUGUGGUACAGGGACGCACAGGUUGUGUGAGAAGGUCCUUGGGCAGCGUGCCUGGGCCCGUUUGCAUAGCUAUCUGCAUAAUAAUAAAGUUCCCAUCUCUAGUG